AGUCUAUGAUAGUAACGCUUGAUUAAAAAAAUCUUAAAUUUCAUUAAAGCCUGAUAUCCCUAAUUCGGAGUUCUAAAUUUUCCUACAAAGAGCUUUUGGUUGGACUUACGACUCAGUUGUGCGCAAAUCGUCUCCGAGUUGUGUCGAGAAAAUUAGAAAAAUGCUAAGAAAGUGGAAUUUUCGUUCUAUAAACCGCUUACUGAUACAGCAGAAAUGUGGAGUUGCAUCUGCCCCUGCUCCUCAGCCACAGACAUCCCCAAAAGUUCUUUAUACGGGAAUUUUCUACAAUAAUGAAUGGCACAAAAGUAGAAGCGGCAAAACUUUCCAGAGCAUCAAUCCAGCUAAUGAACAAAUUAUCGCUGAUAUUCAGGAGAGUGAAAAGGAAGACAUCAACUUGGCAGUGGCUGCUGCAAAGAAUGCAUUUACAUUGGGAUCUCCAUGGCGUAGAAUGGAUGCUUCAGAAAGGGGAAAUCUUAUUUAUCGCUUGGCAGAUUUGAUGGAAAGAGACCGCAAUUACCUUGCCAGCCUUGAAACACUUGACAAUGGAAAACCCUUUGCCAUGUCAUACAAUGUUGAUAUCCCGGUAGCUUUAAAGAAUUUACGCUAUUUUGCCGGAUGGGCAGACAAAAAUCAUGGAAAAGUAAUUCCAAUGGAUGGGGACUUCUUUGCUUAUACACGCCAUGAACCAGUAGGCGUUUGUGGGCAGAUCAUACCCUGGAAUUUUCCUAUUUUAAUGAUGGCAUGGAAGCUCGGACCUGCUCUUGCUACUGGGAACACAAUUGUACUCAAACCAGCUGAACAAACAACCCUAACAGCGCUCUAUAUCGCCCAACUAACAAAGGAAGCUGGAUUUCCAGAGGGAGUUGUGAACAUUGUUCCUGGUUAUGGGAAAGCCGGAGAUGCUCUUGUUCACCAUCCGGAUGUGGAUAAAGUGGCCUUUACGGGUUCCACUAAAGUGGGUCGUUUAAUUCAGCAAGGUUCAAGUGCAGUAAACCUCAAGCGUGUGACUCUUGAGUUGGGCGGAAAGAGUCCUAAUAUAAUUCUAGCUGACACUGAUCUCGACUACGCAGUGGAGACAUCUCAUUUUGGGCUCUUCUUCAAUAUGGGACAAUGCUGCUGUGCAGCUAGUCGAACAUAUGUAGAGGAUAGCAUCUACGACGAAUUUGUGGAGCGCAGUGCUGAAAGAGCUAAGAAACGAAUAGUAGGCAACCCAUUUGACUUAAAUACAGAGCAAGGUCCCCAGGUGGAUGAGAAACAAUUCAAGAAGAUUGUCCGGCUGAUUGACAGUGGAAAAAAACAAGGAGCCAAAUUAGUGGCUGGUGGAGCUCCUGUUGAUGGUCCAGGAUAUUUUGUACAGCCUACUGUAUUUGCCGAUGUACAAGAUGAUAUGGAAAUAUCAAGAGAAGAGAUUUUCGGGCCAGUUCAGCAAUUAGCCAGAUUUAAGAGUCUCGAUGAAGUAAUCAAACGUGCCAAUGAUUCAGACUACGGACUUGCAGCUGCUAUUUUCAGCAAAAAUAUCGAUAAAGUCAACUAUUUAGUGCAGGGAUUACGCGCUGGUACAGUUUGGAUCAACACCUACAAUGCAUUUGGAGCCCAAGUACCUUUCGGUGGCUACAAAAUGUCUGGACAUGGGCGUGAAAAUUCAGAGUAUGCCUUACGAAACUACACAGAAAUCAAGAGUGUCAUCACCCGUGUGCAGCAAAAGAACUCUUAAAGUGGAAAUAUAAUAUCUUUUUUACUGUUAACCCCCAUAUGUCCCUUUUUCACGGAUAAUAAAAAUCAUACUAAAGGUCGCAA